GAUCGCCCACGAACCUGGCACCAAUUUGUUCCUGAGUUACGGCUGCAGAUCAAUUCGGCUAUUCACCGGACGACUGGAGAGCAACCCCUGUAUAUGCUAACAGGCCGCCAUGCUAACUUCCAGAUUGGUCUCACCAAUGAAGCCGUGUUUGAUGAAAACAUAAAUUUGCAAGCACGUUUACAAGAGGCCCGUCAAGCAGCUGUGAAAGCCUCAAAGGAAGCACGUCAAGUCUAUGGAAAGCAGUACGACAAAGGAAAGAAGGUGGAAUUCCAGCCGACUGAAGGUGCAUUGGUGUGGUACUUUGAGCACAGGCACAAGAUGGGCGGUCUACCUCCUCUCACCAGGAAAUGGAGAGGUCCUGCCAGGAUUACGAGACGACUAGGUCCAGUUGCUUUUGAGAUUGAAGACCUCGAAACAGAAGUCCAGUUAAAAGCCCACCUGAAUCACCUGAAGGCUUAUCAUCCACCGGCAGAACUGUCAUAUGGCACGAGUGACAGUGAUGGAGAAGAGGAUGAUGAUAGAGAUGAUCCGAACCCGCCAAACCCAGACGCAAACGACCCUUGGGUUGCUGUGCUGACCUCUCUGGUGAUGGAGCCAGGGUUUGAUGCCGAUAGGCGUGACUGCCGAGACACGCGACCCUCAAGAAACCUGCACCCAGAUGAGCAGAUGAUGCAGCACUAACUCCUUUUUGUAUUGUUUGUAUUGUCUGUUUAUGAUUUAAUGUGC